UGUAUUCUUCACAAAAUGAAGUACUUAGGGUUAACUAUUCUCUUUUUGCUCUGCACUGUGUCCUGGGCUGAGGAUGAAGAGCUUCAGGAUGAGGAACCACCUCUGAAUAUCGCUCUAACCUUCUUUAAUUACAAUUCAAGUUCCUAUGGAUUCUCUCUAUACGACAAAGUGAGCUGGUUUCAGGCUGAGCUCAUUUGCAGAUCAGCUGGUUACACUCUGCUGGAUAUUCCAACCGAUACCAUUCAAGAAAGCAUAAAAGAAAUUUUGUUGAGCAGUGGCCUUGAUUUGAGUUUCUAUUCCGACAACUCACUUUGGACCUCAGGGACAAAUCUAGGAUCGUGGGGUCAUUAUGUUUGGCAAUCUACUGGACAACGCAUUACCUAUAAUGAGUUCCUUGAAAACCCACCUACAGACCAUCCAUUUUGCAUUGGCUAUAAUGUCGCAACUAGCUAUUGGCACCAUCAAUAUUGUCGGGAUGAACGUUAUUUCAUAUGCAAAGAAGUUACUACCGCAACAUGUUAGUUAAAUGGAGUAAUACUUAUCAAUUGCUAAUUAUUUUGAUGACGGAAUACUAAAAUAUUACAACUAUAUCAUAUUAAAACACAUUUGCAAUCAGAAGUUAAA